AAUUCAAGCAUACCUUUGAUACACAUAUGAGUAACAUUUGUGUGGACUUUAAUUUGAAAUGAUCUCCACGUUUAUCCGGUAUUAUUUGAUACUGAUAUUAUGCCUUACUCUGUUGCCUAUAAUAAAAGCUGUUAACGCUGCCGGAGUUAUUUAUGAUUUCAGGCUAUUGUUCCUUCAACUUUGGGAGGAUUUAUGCGCUCGUCUAGCUGGAACUUUCAACUAUUUUCUUCAAUACUUGAAAGUUAAAUAUGGAGGCAAACAACCAGGAUCUAUGUAAAUGAUUUUGUUUUGAUUGUGUUUCCUUUUUUUUGAGUUGUUAAUCUUUUUAUUUUUAACUACCAGAAUAGUUUUUCUCUUAUAGUAAUGAUCACAGAAGGUUGAAAAGUGGAAAAGGCUCCAGAUGACUUUUAUUCAUUUUAAAUUUUAUGUAAACUGUGUGUAAAUAUAAUUUGAUGGUGUCAACUAUUACGUGAUGUAUUCUGAUUCCAGUAACCUAUUUAUACCCUAUCC